AUAUUGUUUUUGAACUUAAGCUUGUUUUAAUUGUUGGGAGCCUGCUGAGGGCUGACCUUUGAGGGUAUAAUUGGCCAAAAUGACCUUAGUGAGGUCUGCAACGAAAGGAAGUUAAGGCGGAUACAUUCCUAAUAGAUUCAAUCCUCAUCGCACGAUCAUCUCAGUAUAUCAGACACCUUAUGCCUUAUUUAGGGAAGCAAGGAAGCUAGGCAUGAGAAGACCUUUCCAGCUGGGUUUCAUAGUUUUCUUAUAUGUGGUUGAGCAGAGAAAGGUCUUUUCUUGAUUUUAUUGGGCGCAAGCUGAGUCUAAGGUGCAAAGGUCGAAACGGGUAUAUUUCUUUGUAUUUGGAGUUUCUCUUUUUUAUUAGAUUCCCAGAUUAGUGCACAGGAUUAGACUUUAGUCAUAGUUCAUUAGGAUUCAAAAUUUAAGAAAACAGCUUCGGCAUCCAAUAUUGCGAGAGGUGCUGAUGAAGAUUUCAGCUGGUGGUGGUGAGAGUUCAUUUGUUCAUUGAGGGGGUUUAAAUAUUGAAGCUAUGAUUUUUGGGGGAAGAAGAAUAAUAUAGUCGGCACAACCCGAGAUCGAACACCUCUCAGGUGGUUCAGAGGGGUGAAGGAGAUAAAAGAUGGAAGGAAGGGGGCUAUCGGGUUUCUACACAAAUACCAGUGAGGAGUUGUUCCUAAAGACUUUGAUGGAGAACUCAGUUGCAAUGCCUGCACCAACGAUGGAGAUGUUGGGGUUUAAGAACCUCUCCCAGAACUUUCGUACAGAUAGCGAAGAACUCUUCAAGAGCUGGCUCACAAAUGCAGAGAAUAAUGGAUACAACUCACCGGGUGUGGCACAUCGGCGGCAGCUUUCAAAGAGGAUAUCUUCUGAACUGGGGAAUCUAUCAAAUCAGCAACAUGGGGACGUUCUUCAAAGCCAAAAGGGCGAUGAUGUUACAACUGCAGAAAAUAGUUCUGCAGUCAAUGAUAUAUCCAGCGACCUUUGCCAGGACUCUGUCAGGAAUGCAGUUGAAAGAGGAUGGCAGGCUAGUAAUUUGCAUCUAGCAAAGGCGUGGUUUCAUAGUUCACAACCCAUGACGAGAAGCCGAUCCUCUGAAUUACGGAGGAGGUAUGCAGCCAUGCAAAAUGCUCAAACAAUGAUUGGAAUGGAGGCCAUGCAGAAUGCAACUGGGCAAGGCCUCAAAAUGAAACAAGAGUUCGCUAGUCCCAAUUGUUUUACUGACCAUUCAAUGAAUGAUGUUCCAGAGCAAUUGGGCACUUUCGUGUCUCCAUCAAACUCUUCCUCAUCCACUUUCAGCGCACAACCAGUCAACAAUUUGGACAAAGUUUCUUCUGUUGUUAGCAUGCUUAAGGGUACUCUAGAGAGAAAGAGGUUAGCAAACAGGGCUGAGAAAGAAGCUUUUGAAGAUUGCUCUCAGGGAUUCUUUCAAGCUCAAGGAGUUGUAGCUAAUACUAACUUCUAUCAAGGACAAGGAAAUAUGAUUCAUGAAACAUUUUCAGUAUGUGGCGACGUAUUUUCAUCCCAGGUGAAAGAGGCAGGUGUUCCACAAACUGUUGAUGGAUCCAUUGAUCUUGACUUAGAUGGGUUUAUGAAUUCUUCAAAUCCAAUUCAGCAGGGCAGAGUUUCACAGGAACCUUCCCAAAGUGAGUCUUCUGCUGCUGCACCAGUAGUUUCCCCUAGUUUGGAUCUUUGUGAUGGUCCUGGAAACUCAAUUCAGACUCUUAGCGUAGCUGAGAGCUCAAGGAAACAUGUUGGAGGCAGUAUGAGUGCAGAAAAUGGCUCGAGAGUCAAAGAUUUCAGAGAGCGGAUAAUUGACAACUUGAAAGAUGAUCGCAAGAGCCGAAAUCUAGAGCGAUAUGGAUCUGUGACAUCUGUUGGUUCAUCUGAGAAAGGGGACCCGACAAAGAAGCGCAGGGUGGAAAGAUCACGAAAAAUGGCAGAGGCAAAGGAAAGAAACUCGACAUCGACAAUUCCAUCGGACACGCAGGCAGUUUUGAAGAGGUGUGAGAAUCUUGAGAAAGAAGUGAGAUCCCUUAAACUCAACCUGUCCUUCAUGAAUAGGAAGGAUUCGGAACAGACAAAACAGAUAGAAGAGCUACAGAAGCAGAACGAUGAGUUGACAGAGGAGAAAGAACGCCUUCUAGAAGAAAUCGAAAGGAUACUCGGAGAUUCGGGUCACAGAUAAAGAUCUCCAUAUGCCUUUAAGAAGCUCACUCUGCGAGCGUCGAUCCAGUCCUUACAUCGGUUGGGGUGAGCUGGCUGCAGUUUACACGACCAACCUAAAUGUGGCGGUCUCAGCCUGUUCGUGCACUUGCUAGUAAUACAACUGCGAUUCUAUUAUGAUAUUUGAUGGACUCCUAAAUUAAAAGGUAUUACGUAUUAAGAAACGGGCAACCGGAAAGGACCAAUGUAUUAUUAGACACUAAUGCCUGAAAAGCAGCUGUGAUCUUUCGGGUAUAGCCCAGUGAAACUGAUUGGACAUUUCCAUUCAGUAUAAUAUAUGUUAUAGGAGAUGGUGAUUAACUUAAUGUGCCUACGGCUGCAUUUGGUACCUGUGAAUUUGAAUCUCGAGAUCGAUUGGGUUCA